GCCAGCUGCCGCAGCAUCUCUGGUUGCUGGAGAGGCAACUUGACGAGUUCGGAUUGAUGAAGUCAGCAGGGAACUUGCAAGGAGCGGAGGCACCGCCACCUAAUCUGGGGCGACACAGGGUCGGCGGUCAGGAGGACAGCCAUGUGUUCACACGCCAGAUGCGGCAGGAGUCCUUCCCCAGCGAUCGGGAGCCCGGCUCGUCAAGGCGGGGCGCUGGUCGGCUGCCGUUGCCGAAGCACUUGCGACAGAAGGAGGAUGCGGCAGCGGCCCCCGUGCCAAAUGCCGAGGAGGUCGGUGCUAAACGGCACAGAGAGCAGGACCCUGACUCGCCGAUGGGGCAGGUUGGCCCUCCACUCAAGUUCGCUAUGAAGGGGGCAAAAGGUCCGACGGUUGAAGGUGGUGCCGGUGGUGCCACGGGCAAAUCCACGCCGAAAGGGCAAGGUAAACACCAGGAUUCCGGUGGCCCUCCGGAGCCGAGCCACCUGGCCACGCCCUUCAGCCGCUUUUCAACGAAAGGGAUGCCUGGCAAACAUGCUUCGCAAGAUUCCGGCCACCAUGACGAAGGCGGCCGGAUGACUGGCAAAGGCAAGGGAAAAGAGCAGGCGCCGGUGGGCUCUGACAGAGGCAAAGGGCAAGCACAGCCAGACAGCAGUGCUGGCUCUUGGUCGCAGAAGUCUGCUGGCAAAGGUGCUGCGGCAGCGGAGGCAAAGACGCCGCCACCGCCGGCUAUGGUCAAGGCACAGAUCCUGGCACCCCCACCGUCCUUGCAAAAGAGCGCCUCUGCGUGCACAGCAGGUACCACCGGCAAGGCUGGUUCUGUCGGCCCACCUCAGGGAUUGCUGGCCAAGGCACCUGCGAUGCCGGUCAUGGCCGAGGUGGGUCAAGCCAAGAGGAAGAUUGCGGAAGUACAGGAAGAUGUUUACCAAGAAGAAGAGUUGCCAUACAGUCUCAUCGACAAGCUUCAGGACGCAGGCAUCAAUGCCGCUGAUCUCAAGAAGCUUAAAGAUGCUGGUUACAACACCAGUCAGUCGGUCGUUUUCGCGAUGCGCAAAGAUCUGUUGAACAUCAAGGGCCUCUCCGAUCAGAAGGUGGAUAAGAUCAUAGAGGCUGCGCGGAAAUCGAGCGAGGCAGGCUUUGUCACCUGUACUCAGCUCCUCAGCAAGAUGAAAAACCGUUUCCAGAUCUCAACGGGCGCGGCGAAGCUUGACCAGAUGCUCCUAGCCAUCAAUCUGUACAUUACACGGAGCCCUCUCUGGAAGAAUGCCCCGGCCGUCCCCUUCACAAGACCCUACAGGCUGGGGGGUGGCAUGGAAAGCUGCUCGAUCACUGAGCUCUUCGGCGAGUUCAGGUGUGGAAAGACACAGGUCUGCCACUCGCUCUCGGUGAUGGCACAGCUACCUCCAAAUAUGGGUGGUGCAAACGGCAAGGUCGUAUACAUUGACACAGAAGGCACUUUCAGACCUGAACGGAUCCGUCAGAUUGCCGAAGGCAAGGGCGUGUCCGCUGAGGCUGCAAUGAACAACAUCGUGUAUGCUAGAUGCUACACCUCCGAUCACCUCGAACAGUUGCUGCUGGAAGCAGCUAGCCUCAUGGUGAAUGACGAGGAUCGCUUUGCGCUCUUGAUUGUUGAUUCCAUCAUGGGCGGCUUCCGCGUGGACUACUCCGGGCGAGGAGAACUGGCAGACCGUCAGCAGAAGCUGGCACGUGUGAUGAGCAAGCUGCAAAAGGUGAGCGAGGAGUUCAAUGUUGCCGUCGUUCUGACCAACCAGGUCAUGGCUGAUCCAGGAGGCGGCUGCGCUUUCAUGCCAAGCCACCCGAAGCCUGUCGGUGGUCACAUCCUAGCGCACUUCUCCACCACUCGCAUCAUGCUGCGCAAGGGCCGUGCAGAGCAGCGCAUCGCGAAAAUCUAUGAUUCGCCCUGCCUGCCCGAGAGCGAGAGUGUGUUCGAGAUCUUCGCGGGUGGAGUCAGGCCUGCGUAA